CUCGGUGGCUGGCUGGCCGGGGCUGUCACUCCGGGGCGUUUUCCCCGGCCGGUGCUCAGCUGGGGCGGAGGAAGAGGCGGCCAGGGCCUGCCGAGCCGUUGCAGUCUUCGCGGCUGCUAUGCCCAGGGAGCGCAGCGCCCUCCGCAGCUCCGCGCAGCCCUAGUGGCAGCCGAGCGCCCACCGACGCCGCCCGGAUCUCCGGUGCCACCGCUACCCAGGUCCCGCAGCUCCCGCGGAUCCUCCGGCGCUGACUGUGAGGCCAGGCGGAGGCAAGAUGAAGAUGACGGUGGAUUUCGAGGAGUGUCUGAAGGACUCACCCCGCUUCAGGGCCGCUUUGGAAGAAGUAGAAGGAGAUGUGGCUGAGCUGGAACUAAAACUCGACAAGCUUGUGAAGCUUUGCAUCGCCAUGAUUGAUACCGGCAAAGCCUUUUGCCUUGCAAAUAAACAGUUCAUGAAUGGGAUUCGAGACCUGGCCCAGUAUUCUAGCAAUGACGCUGUGGUGGAGACAAGUUUGACCAAGUUUUCUGACAGUCUUCAGGAAAUGAUUAAUUUCCACACAAUUCUGUUUGACCAAACUCAGAGAUCAAUUAAGGCCCAGCUUCAGAACUUUGUCAAAGAAGAUCUUAGAAAAUUCAAAGAUGCCAAGAAACAAUUUGAAAAAGUCAGUGAAGAAAAGGAAAACGCACUAGUCAAAAAUGCCCAGGCUCAAAGAAACAAGCAACACGAGGUUGAAGAGGCCGCCAACAUUCUCACGGCCACGCGGAAGUGCUUCCGGCACAUAGCGCUCGACUACGUCCUGCAGAUUAAUGUGCUUCAAUCAAAAAGAAGAUCGGAAAUCCUUAAAUCAAUGCUGUCCUUCAUGUAUGCACAUCUGGCCUUCUUCCACCAAGGGUACGACCUGUUCAGUGAGCUGGGGCCCUACAUGAAAGACCUCGGAGCACAGUUGGAUCGACUGGUUGUAGAUGCAGCAAAGGAGAAAAGAGAGAUGGAGCAAAAACAUUCCACGAUCCAGCAGAAGGAUUUCUCCAGUGACGAUUCCAAGCUAGAGUACAAUGUAGACGCUGCAAAUGGCAUUGUGAUGGAAGGGUAUCUGUUCAAACGAGCCAGCAACGCCUUCAAAACGUGGAACAGACGCUGGUUCUCCAUACAGAACAAUCAGUUGGUUUACCAGAAAAAGUUUAAGGACAGCCCCACUGUGGUGGUAGAAGAUCUCAGGCUCUGCACAGUGAAGCACUGUGAAGACAUCGAGCGGCGGUUCUGCUUUGAGGUCGUCUCUCCAACAAAAAGUUGUAUGCUCCAGGCAGAUUCCGAAAAGCUUCGCCAGGCCUGGAUUAAGGCUGUUCAGACCAGUAUUGCAACUGCUUAUAGAGAGAAGGGCGAUGAAUCAGAGAAAUUGGAUAAGAAAUCGUCUCCAUCAACAGGAAGCCUAGAUUCUGGAAGUGAAUCAAAAGAGAAAUUAUUGAAAGGAGAAAGUGCUCUGCAGCGUGUCCAGUGCAUCCCGGGCAACAGCAGCUGCUGUGACUGUGGUCUGGCAGACCCACGGUGGGCCAGCAUCAACCUGGGCAUCACCCUGUGCAUCGAGUGCUCUGGGAUUCACCGGAGUCUUGGGGUUCAUUUUUCGAAAGUGAGAUCUUUAACUUUAGACACUUGGGAGCCGGAACUCUUAAAGCUUAUGUGUGAAUUGGGGAACGAUGUUAUAAAUCGUGUUUAUGAAGCUAAACUGGAAAAAAUGGGAAUAAAGAAACCACAGCCAGGACAAAGACAGGAGAAGGAGGCAUAUAUCAGAGCCAAGUAUGUGGAGAGGAAAUUUGUGGAUAAAUACUCUACAUUGCUGUCACCUUCUGAGCAGGAGAAAAGGAUCAUCUCCAAGAGCUGUGAGGACCAGAGGCUGAGCCAUGCCCGAGCGUCUGUCCACACCCCAGUCAAAAGUAAUGACAGUGGGAUCCAGCAAUGCUCUGAUGAUGGCCGAGAAUCUCUGCCUUCCACAGUGUCGGCCAACAGCUUAUAUGAGCCUGAAGGAGAAAGGCAAGAGUCUUCUGUGUUUCUUGACUCUAAACAUCUUAAUCCAGGACUUCAGCUUUAUAGGGCUUCGUACGAAAAAAACCUUCCCAAAAUGGCUGAGGCUUUGGCUCAUGGUGCAGAUGUGAACUGGGCGAACUCAGACGAAAACCAAGCAACACCGCUCAUUCAGGCCGUCUUAGGGGGCUCUUUGGUGACGUGUGAGUUCCUGUUGCAGAAUGGUGCUAAUGUGAACCAAAGAGAUGUCCAAGGGCGGGGGCCGCUGCACCACGCCACCGUCUUAGGACACACAGGGCAGGUGUGCUUAUUCCUGAAGCGAGGUGCCAAUCAACAUGCCACUGAUGAAGAGGGGAAGGACCCUCUGAGCAUAGCUGUGGAAGCAGCCAAUGCUGACAUAGUGACCCUGUUACGCUUAGCAAGAAUGAAUGAGGAGAUGCGGGAAUCAGAAGGCCUUUAUGGACAGCCAGGUGAUGAAACUUACCAGGAUAUUUUCCGUGAUUUUUCUCAAAUGGCAUCCAAUAAUCCAGAGAAACUCAAUCGUUUCCAGCAAGAUUCACAGAAGUUCUGAUCCUUGUAAAAGGGGGAAACUGAAGUUUGGUGAAGUCUUAACGUGUACAACCAGAAAUUCACACCUUUUUUAUUACUUUAAUUCUACUUAAUUUUGGUAGACAGUGAAUGGUUUGGUAGCCAUUCAUUUUGGGUUUUUGUAAAUGAAAACAAGAUCUCUCAUAAUUGGGAAAGGAAGAAAGCCUCUAUACUUCCCCUUUUAUUUAAGAAGAGAAAAGUCUUUUUAAGAUGGGUUGCGCUCUUACAUAAAGUUGUGUCCAGAUCUAAGUUGUGAGAUGCUACACUGUUGGGCCACUCCAUCCUCGCCAUGCAUGGGUGGGGCUCUGGUUCCCCUGGGAACAUUCAGUCGCCAUGUCUGCAUCAGGUGGGAGCCAGUUCUCUUGCCUGCUUGGAGGCUAUCUUUUCUGUAGCUGUCCUUAUAAUAGUUGGUGGUUCAGACAGAGGUGUGUGUAUUCUCUGUAACUCAGCUGUCACACUCACAGAGUACAACGCAAUUGCUAGGACCAGUGGGCCUGCCCUCGCUCACUCUGAGGUGCUAUGGCCUCCAGCACCUCCGCAACACGGCUGCCGUGGGAGCGGACCACACUUGACUCUCUAGGUUUAUUUAUCUUACGGUGAAAAGAGCUCUUACUGUUUUCUUUCUUCAAUCACCCAAGAAUCCUAGCUUAGUUUUUGUUGUCAGGUCGAUUUCCUGAAACCUUGACAGAUGUCAGUGUAAUAACACCAGAUUUCAGAAGUUGACCAUUGCAUAAUUGGGCUUUCAUCAAAACAUAGUGAUGUCAAAUGUAAUAUUUUAGGGCAUUUUUAUAUUUGGAAUUAAUCCAUUUUAAGAUAUAUAUUUUUUACCGUAGUUACUCUUGGUGAAAGAAAAAUCUCUAUGUAAUGGAAGAGAAAGCUAAUUUUUUUCCUGUUUAUACUAAAAUUUACCAGCAAUAAAGUCCUUUUAUUUUUUUCUACAUUUAUCUUGUGUACUAUACAGCAGUAUACAUUCAUUUAAAUUGUAUCUUGUAUAUAGCUUUAGAAUUAAGUGAAAUUAGUCAUUUUAAGUUCCAAAAUUAUGCACAUGUGAUAUAGUUUGUCGAGUUCCGCCUCUGAUUGAUGUCUCGGUGAAGGGCGGGACCCAGGAGUGACUGGCUUGGCUCCUUGCCAGCACUGGUGAUGACACACACUCCUUACGGGCUGUCUGUAAGAGCAUUGGUACUCAGCUUCUCAGAAACAUUUUGAAAUGUAAAAUUAGAGUUAAUUAAGUAAAAACUUUAACAUUUUCCCCACAGAACAUGGAACUUUAUUUUAAUUAAAUAUAAAAUCAGAAUCUAAGUAGAAUUUAUAUUGAAAUAGACUUGCCACCCAGAUAAGGUCCCGUAGUUGGGCCGGGUUGUAGGCAUGCAGCGCACACUAAGGGUAAGAAUCGAUUGUGAGUUGUUUCACAGGGCAAAAGGCGUUUGUCUUCGCUGUCUCCACUCCACUCGCAGGUCAUCUGGCCUUGUAGGCGUGUAGAUAAAGGCAAAAGUCCCAUUUGUGAUAUUUUAAUUGGUAUGUAUUUUGAAAUUUAUUGCCCUAAAACGUGUUCAAGGAAGAGAACUAGGCUAAAGAUGGGGAAGAAAACCGCCUCUCCUCCAGGAUGCUCCUUGGUCGCUCCUGGGGCUCCUGUCUGUGAAGGUGCAGGGACACUCCCUUUGGUCCGCUGCCUGGGGCAGUGCCUCUGGACCUGCUGCCUCCAGGACUGGGCAGUCAGCAGUGUCUGCUGCCCUUAGUGACUGGAGUGGUUUUUUGGGGGGGACAAAAAGCCUUAAAGAUUCAAGUGAAAUGCCUUAAAGAUUAUUAUGGUUCUGAGUAUCUUUAGAAUUCAGAUUUAGCUGCAUCACUUAGUGCUGUGUAGAGGCUGGCAAUACAAGACUAUAUUGCUGUGGCUAACUUCAUUUUCUCAGUGUACUGACCAAUUGGAUGAGAGAAAGGACUGGAGUGUAGCAAGGGUUUUAGUGAAUCGUUUCACAGGAGGCUGACCCUUGGAUGAGUUCUGCUGUGCUGCUGACAGCUCUCUGUGACACGUUGGCCAGUGUCCCGCGGAGUAGAGAGAGGCACGCACGGUGCCGCCCAGCCCCUCGGGCUGCCCAUUCUGGUUGCCCCCCUUUAUCUCCAGGAUGGACGUGCUGAUAACAGCUUUAUUCUUUAUGAUUCAUCCAUUCAUUCUUUUUCAUGCUCUCAGUGAUGUAAAAAUUGGGUUACUGCCAAAAUAAGAAUAGAGGUGCUCUGAAGAAUUCAUAAAAUGCAACUGUGCUGUGGAUGUAGAUAAAGCUGACGGAGCAGCCGUUCACCAGGCUCCAGUGCGGCACAUUCAAGAUGCCCAAGAUUUCAAAUUUAUUUUUACCAUAACCUUCAAAGAUUAAUUCCAGCAUUACUGUGUACCUAACUAACUGACACUGGUGUUCGCUGUAGUCUAGUGAAUUCUGGUAUUUACUUCCCCCAAAGUAAUACAGCUUGCAACUUGUACUUUAGUACAUCAAAGGUGCAUUUUGGGGAAAAAAUAUAUAUAUAUACUCAUAUUUUACAAAAUUGAAAUUUGUGAUCAUGUUAGCAGUAUUUAAAAAUAAAACCGUCUGCAUAUUAGAUAUCAUUAUAAGCCAAGCUGUGUUUAAAACUAAACUGCUAUCCACUUUGAGUAAUCGGACAUUCCUAGAUCACCCAUGUAAAUUAACUCUCUGUGUGGUUGCAUUUUGGCCAUUAGCAGGACUGUGUGUGGUGUUUUCGAAGUGAGACCCUCUAUCCAUAAUGACUUCAGUCCAUAUCCUCCUCGGAUCCAGGGCUUCUGACAAUGUGACCGAUGGAGCAGAGGGAGCGGAGAGCUCUCUGUGCGUGUUAUGACUCAGGCUGGGCUUCUACAUCAACCCUGCCCUCCUGCUGCCCCGGGAAGACUUCUGAGACCAUGGUCUGUGGCUGUCAGCCUUGGCUGUGUCUCCAUCCUAGCCUGCUGCUCUUGGUUUGCAGAGAUGGUCACUUGCUUUGCUGGGCAGAGGCAGAGCCGACUCUGUGACCCAGGUCUGACAUAUGCUUCCAAAAGCAUCCGUGUCCUGAAAGGAUUCGACAUCACUGUAAGCAGCAGCUUUCCCUGUCUCUGACAAGAGACUUCAAAUACUGUGGAGAACCUCGUUAUGAAGUUCAAAGGGAACAGAUUGGAAUUUGAAAGCAUCAAAUUGUAGAAAAGUCUUCAUUGUUUUUUUUACAAUAGAAAACAUUAAUAAAAUGAAAAAUCUUAGAAAGUUCAACUCACCAUUUAUUAUUACCUCUAAUGUUUUCUAAUGAAACAUAACUAUAAAAGGGGGGCAGGACUUGCCUGGCUGAGCCCCAGCACCUUCAAGGUGAUGGUUGUGGGUGUUUUCUUCUGUUUACAUAGAGGGGGGGUCAUGUGGACAAAGAUUCAAUUAAAUACAAUUUUUCUUCACAUUGGUCUUCUCACUAUCUUGUUUUCUCCAUCUCUCUCAUUCCCCAGCCUUAUUUGGGGUAUUAAUUAAUUUUUAACAGGGAAAGCUUGCUGUGCUAUCAAGGUUUCCAGCACCAUUUUACACGAAGGCUAAAGGUUAGCUUUUGGAAAUAACAAGCUCUUUUUAAAAAUAUAUGUUUACUUGUGCUCUGUGAAACUUCUGGGUCAUUCCGGUCAUCAAGGCUGAUCACAUGUACUAUUUCUUGCUACCUGUGAAAAGGAUUUUAAGAAUGUAUAACCAACACUCCAUUACUUUUUAUUAGUAUGUAGAGAAUUUGUAUCUAAUUCAUGAAUGUAGUUUUACUGUAGUUUGUCAUUGUAAAUGGAGCAAAGUACAUUAUCUUUAUAGUUAUUCUAAAAUGUACAUUAUGUAAGAAUUGUAAAUAUACUUGAUUACUUUGUAUGCUGAAAAAUUUACAAUAUUAAGUCAAUAAAAAUAUCUCACUUGUGGCACAGUUGCUGUAAA